AUGUCGCAACCACAGCCACAAAUUCCAGAAGUUGGUGAUGAAUUCCCAACAGUAGAAAGCUUUAAAGAAGCAGCGCAGGAAGGUGCCAAGGCAGCAGGUUUUGCUUUUAGCAUAUCAUCAUCAAAAGUAUCCGGUGGUAGAAAGGGUGGUCAUACUUCUUAUAUUAUAUUGCAAUGCACAAUGGAGACUAUCUUAAAUGAGGAUACUAAAGUUUGGAUAAUAAAAUCUUCCAAAACUGAGCAUAAUUAUGAACUACUUCUUCUAUCCCAAGUUCAUUGUCUUCCUCAACAUCGGAGCCUCAGUACAGAACAAAAAGAGUUGGUUCAUAUUAUGCUUAAGAGUGAUGAUACAAAUCGUGAUACUACAGUGCACUUUUUACAAAUGUUGGAUAAACGUCAGUAUAUAGUUCGUCAUGUAUUAACAAAAGAUAGCCACAUGUUAAACUUAUUUUUUACACAUAAUAAAGCAGCACGUCAGGUAGCAAUAUGCCCAGAUGUGCUUAUAGUUAAUGCAACAUAUAAGACCAAUAUAUAUAAGCUUUCUCUUAUAAAUACUGUAAGUGUUAGUAAUGUCGGUGACUCCAAAGCUCUUAAUACAUAUACUAUUGCAAUGGCAUGGCAUAUGCUUGCGCAAAACUUACGAACUGCGUGUAGAAAAUUCUUUAACUCUAAUGAAGAUUACAAUGAACUUCUAUUAUCGAUCCAAAAAGUUGCUUAUGCUGAGAAAAUGAAUGAGGUUAAAAAGGCAUUUAAUGAGAAAAAUGAUGCCGAAUAUUGGAUACAUAUAUUUAUUAAAAAUUAUCCACAUAUGAGGAUUCAGUCGACACAGCGAGCAGAAGGAAGUCAUAGUGCUUUAAAAAAAGCAAUCGAGGCAGCAAGUGAUUUGGAACAAGCAAUCGAUAAAAUUAAAAAUGAAGUAUGUGAAAUAGGAGAGAAUAAAAAUACAGAUAAUAGCCCUUGUGAUUGUAGCUUAAGAUUAAAUUAUAAAUUACCAUGCCGUUACAUAAUUCCACAGACAGGACCUAUUCCACUUGCUCUUGUGCAUUCUUGCUGGUAUUUGAAACAUGAUACAAUACUCUUGUUACCACCAUCACUAUCAACUGACUUUACUAUUACUAAGAUUUUAUAUAAGCUCGAAGAAAAAUAUGAAAAUCUAAAUGAUAGUGGGUCAAAGGCCACGUUUUUGCAUAAGAUCGAGGCACUAGCUAGUGAAGAAAUUGUUAUUCUAAAGGCAUCGUUGCCUAAUGCACCUAAAAAGAAACAUUCAACAUCUACUAAUCCACAACAUAUACAACAACCUUUAUUUUAUGAUCAAAUACCUGCUUAUAUGCAUGAAUAUAUAAAAGAAGUGAUUAAUAUAAAUGAAGAUAGCAAUUGCGGGUAUAAAGUAGUAGCCAUGUCUAAUAAUGAUUAUGAUAUGAUUGUAAAGGAGAUUUCUUGGGAGAGUGGUCCUUGUACAUUCGAACACUGGAUGAGAAUGCCACAAAUAGCUCUUGCAAUGGCUUUUGUUAAUGAAAAUCAUUAUGUGGCACUAGUAUUGAGACCUGGUACACCUGUUCUACCAAUUGUUAAUCGAUGGUCCCAAUUUGCUACUUUAGCUACAAUACGCUAG